CACAUGCGUAUCUUGUGUCUUGUUCUCGAACCAAAAAGAGGUUUGUUUUUGACAGAGUAAAAAUUUUUCCUCUUCAAAAAUUGAUAAUUUAAUUAGCUGUCCCUGUGUGAAUUAGUGAUAAGGACACCAGGAUAACGUCUGAGAGUGCCAGUGACGCAUCCCUAAUGUGCCGUACGCAGUGAUUUCCAUGGGUUUUCACGGGAAAUCUGGACAUUGUUUUCCUGACACGCAAGUAAAUGCAUUUUCGUGGCUUCACUGCUGAAGUAGCGCCCCAAUUCCCGGACAACUGAGGCAUUUGUAGCGUGACGCACGGCAAUCAACGGCAAUGGGGCUUCUUUUUGCAAAACUGUGGAGCCUCUUUGGGAAUGAAGAACACAAAUUAGUAAUGGUUGGCCUGGAUAAUGCGGGUAAAACGACCAUCCUGUAUCAAUAUUUAAUGAAUGAAGUCGUUCAUACGAGUCCAACGAUUGGAUCCAAUGUCGAAGAGGUCGUUUUUAGGAAUAUUCACUUCAUUGUGUGGGACCUUGGAGGUCAGCAAAGUCUUCGAGCUGCCUGGAGCACGUACUACACAAAUACAGAGUUCAUUAUCAUGGUGAUAGAUUCGACAGAUAGGGAAAGGCUGGCGGUGACGCGCGAGGAACUCUAUCGGAUGCUCCAGCAUGAGGAUUUGGCCAAAGCGAGUUUACUAGUUUAUGCGAAUAAACAAGACUUAAAGGGCUCCAUGAGUGCCGCAGAAAUAUCCCGACAAUUGGAUUUAACGUCCAUCAAGAAGCAUCAAUGGCACAUACAGGCGUGUUGUGCUCUCACUGGAGAAGGACUCUACCAAGGACUCGAAUGGAUUGGGCAGAGAAUUAAGAAAAAAUGACAACCAGAUGAGUAAUUGUGUGGGGUGGAACAUUUAACCGAAACUAAAUUGUAUUAAUAUGUAAGUUAAUUUAAUUGAUGAUGCGCGUGUGGGUGGGAGUUGUACAAGAAGAGAAGAACGAAGUGUGGUGCGGAGAAAGUCAACCUUAAGAGGGAAAAUUGUUUUCCAGUAAAAUGAUUUUACGUAAAAAAAAAUUAACCAUCUGUGGUGGACAUUAUUCAAUUUCUCCACGCAAAAAUCUAUCAUGCAUGUUUCUUUUUGUAAUACAAAAGAGAAGAAAAAAAUAACGAAAAAAAAAUCUCCCAAAUUCCGCAAAUUCCUUCAAGUGUGGUGUAAAAAAAAUGAAAAUGAGAAAAUUAUUGAUGAGUUGACGACAAAGACAUAUUAGUUAAUUAUUAAAUCUACUUUUAUUUCUUUUUGCCAAUCCCCUGUGCUCCCUGAGAAUAAUAUAAAUUUUUGAGAUUUAAGAGAAUGUUGUUUAAUGCUGUAAACUAUUUUUUUGCUUUCUUGUUUAAAUGUGAAAGAGUAAUGUAAAAGAAAACAUUGAAGGAGAUAAAAUCUAUUUGAGGGACAUUGUUGUACAUAUAUUUUCACUGUGGAGUGAGAGAAAAAGUGAGACAUUAAAGUAAUUAUACGAUUUUA